AUGCAGGUGACCACCGCACAAUCGCUCUCCCCCAGCUUCAGCAGCUACUGCAAAGUCGCCGAAAUCGCAGCUCGAACAGUCGAUGAAUUUUCCAACGAGAGGAAAAAUUGCGAAGAACAUGAGGAAGAAUUCGAGUUCUCGAUGACGGCAAGAAAUUCAAAAUUGCAGUCGCAGACUUCCGCCGGCGACAUUUUCCACAACGGUGAGAUCCGCCCGGUCUACUCUGUCUUCAAUCGAGAUUUUUCACUCGGACUCGUCACAAUUCAGAAAAAAAUCGGAAUUAAAAAUAGCGUCCGCGAUUCGGUUUCUCCGAAAAUCCGGCUUCCGCUGAGGAAGCUGUUUCUAGAGGAAAGGGAAACGACGAUUGCGAAGUCGUCGAGCUCGUCGGAGGAGGCGGACGAGGUCGACGGCGUAGCGGCAGUGACCUACUGCGUUUGGCCGCCGAAGGCGGAGGAAGAAGGGCGGUGCAAGAAGAGUAGCUCGGCCGGGUGCAAUUCGAAGAGAUGGAAGUUGAAAGAUUUUCUGCACAGGAGCCACAGCCAUGGAAGUGACAAGGAUUUCGUCGAUUUGCAGGAAAAUGAAAACAAAUCUGCAGGUACUGGCGGGAGAGUGGAAGAGAAGCACAAUUCGUGCCUGGCUCAGGGACAUGAUUUGGCGGGGCUCUUCGGUGAUGUAAAUGCGUUGAGAAGAAAUUUGGAGUCAUUUUGA